AUGGCGCCUGCACUCAAAUUCCUAGCCCUGUCCUUGCCAGUCGUCGCGCGAGCGGCCGCAACAUCUCGCGACGUCCACUAUGACCCCAUCGACUAUGUCGACCAGCUGAUUGGCUCCAGCAACGGUGGCAACGUCUUCCCUGGCGCCACCGUGCCCUACGGCAUGGCCAAGGCUGUUGCCGACACUGACAGCGGCAGCAACCAGGGUGGCUUCACCCUCGACGGCUCGCCCGUCACGGGCUUCAGCGUUCUGCACGACUCUGGCACCGGAGGCUCUCCCUCUCUCGGCAAUUUUCCAUUAUUUCCGUACGCCUCCUGCAAGAAUAAUGAUGUCGAUCUGUGCGAUUUCCCGAAGAAGACGCGCGCACAGCAUGGCACGUUCAAGAACGACAGUGUCGUCGCCACGCCUGGCUACUUUGGCAUCACGCUCGAUAGCGGCCCGAAGGUGGAGAUGACGGCCACCCAUCACGCAGCGCUUUUCAAGUUCACCUUUAACGGCGCCAAGGAUGGCGACAAGCCUCUCAUUUUACAGGAUUUGACCGACUUGUCCAACUCGCGCCAGGAUAACGGCACAAUCUCCGUGGACCCCCAGACGGGCCGUAUCAAGGGUAACGCCGUCUUUGUUGCUAGUUUCUCUCAGGGCAUGUACAAGGCCUACUUUUGCACCGACUUCAAGGGGCCCAAGAUUGCCGACUCAGGCAUCUUUGCUGAUAGCCGCGCGAGUACCAAAGUCCACGAUCUCAAGAUCUCGCGCUCCAUCAACGGCUACCCUCUGCCCGGCGGUGCCUUUGUCCGCUUCGCGGACAACCACACACCCGUCUAUGCGCGUGUGGGUGUCAGUCUCAUCAGUGAGGACCAGGCGUGCUCCAAUGCCGAGAAUGAAAUUCCCAAUUUUGACUUCAACAAGCAUUCUCGGGAAGCCAGAGAUGCAUGGAAGUCUAAGCUGAUCAACAUCAAGGUUGAGACCGAAGGCGUCGACGAGUCCUUUGUGAAGAACUUCUACUCUGGAAUCUACCGCACCAUGGUCAACCCUCAGAACUACACUGGCGAGAAUCCUCUGUGGAACGAUGGCGAGCCUUACUUCGACUCAUUUUACUGUAUUUGGGAUCUAUUCCGCUCUCAAUUGCCUUUCCUCACCAUUCUCGACCCUUCUGCCGUGUCGCAGAUGAUCCGCUCUCUUAUUUCUACUUACGAAAAUGAUGGCUGGCUGCCCGACUGUCGCAUGAGUCUCAGUCGCGGAUACACGCAAGGUGGUUCAAAUGCCGAUAAUGUCUUGGCCGAUGCAUAUCUCAAGGGCCUCGAGGGCGGCAUCGAUUGGGCUAAGGGCUAUGAGGCUGUGAAGAAGGACGCCGAAGUCGAGCCAUUCGACUGGUGCUGCCACGGACGAGGUGGAAUCGAUUCCUGGAAAGAGCUCGGCUACAUCCCCGUACAAGACUUUGACUACAAGGGUUUCGGCACUCUCACUCGCAGCCUCAGCCGUACGCUCGAGUACGCUUACAAUGAUUUUGCCAUUUCUCAGAUUGCCGGUCGGAUGGGUAAGAAGGAUGAGCAGCAAAAGUACCUCUCCUCCAGCCGCAACUGGGAGAACUUGUACCGUGCGGAGCAAAAGUCGUCGUUUGAGAAUGGUACCGAUACCGGCUUCUCUGGCUUCUUUCAACCCAAGUACCUAAACCAGACUUGGGGAUACCAGGAUCCGCUCAAGUGCAGCAACCUGGACAGCAAGAGCGUCUGCUCGCUCCAAAAUAGUGGCCCCGAAACCUUUGAGAGCAGCAUCUGGGAGUACGGAUUCUUUGUUCCGCACGACCAAGCUCUCCUUGUUACUCUCUAUGGUGGCCCCGAUGCCUUCUGUCGCCGACUUGACUAUCUACAUGACCAGGGCAUCACUUACAUCGGAAAUGAGCCUGCCUUCCUCACCGUUUUCCAGUAUCACUAUGCCGGCCGUCCUGCCCUGUCUGCCAAGCGCAGCCACUUCUACAUUCCCCGAUUUUUCCAGCCAACGCCUGCCGGUCUUCCCGGAAACGACGACAGCGGCGCGAUGGGCUCCUUUGUCGCCUUCAGCAUGAUGGGGCUGUUCCCCAACCCCGGACAGGACGUCUACCUCAUCACACCUCCAUAUUUCAGCAGCGUCUCCAUCAAGCAUCCUAUCACAGGAAAGACGGCCAAGAUUCGCAACGUCAACUUUGACGCCUCGUACAACGACAUUUACAUUCAGAGCGCGACACUUGACGGCAAACCCUACACGAAGAACUGGAUUGACCACUCUUUCUUUACGGAAGGCAAAGAGCUUGUCCUGACGCUCGGAAAGAACGAGAGCAGUUGGGGCACCGCCGUGGGCGACCUGCCCCCUAGCUUGGGCCGGUACUCUGGCUACAACCAAACUUACUCCAAGAGAUGGUCUGUCCCAGGAGUAAUUUAA